AAGCAGGUAAAAAUGAUGGGUUCAGUGGCAGAUUCAUCUCGUGCUAGGCGGAAAAACUCCCUGGCAACCAAUGCCAAUAUUGCUAACUACAAGCUAGAUGGUAAACUGAAAAUGCUUGCUUCGACUGAGGUCAACUCCCCAAUAUUGUGCAGUAAAUAUAGCUUCGAUGGGAAGUAUAUUGCUUUUGGUUGCUCCAAUGGGGACAUAAAGAUAUAUUUCACUCAGAACUAUAACCACGUAUACACCUUGACCCCUGAAGAUGGGAAGAAACUUCCUGUAACUUGUAUAAGAUUCAGACAGAAUGAAGGCCAAGACUUGUACGUCCUGACAGCUACAUACUCGUCUGGGUAUGUCAGGCUAUGGUAUGUAACUUCUAAGCAGAUGGGCAAAGAAAAAGGAGAUGUGGAGUUGUUUUGCUGUGACUUUAACCAUAAUUUCUCUAAAUUUGCUACUGGUGGAGAUGAUUACAAGAUAAGGAUUUAUGAUGUAGAACGAAUGGACUGUUUGAACCUGCUAAGUAAAGGGGAGAGCUUUGAAAGAAUGGACGGUCAUGCCAGUAGAGUCUUUGCAGUAAAGUAUCACCCUGACAAUGAACAUGUCCUGCUGUCCUGUGGCUGGGACAAUACCAUACAGAUUUGGGAUGACAGAGAGGGACAUGCUGUUCGCAGGAUAUUUGGUGCCCAUGUGUGCGGAGAUGCACUGGACAUGGAUCCUGUAUACUAUCAUGUGCUGACUGGAAGUUGGCGCCGAGACAACAGUCUCCAAGUUUGGGAUUUUGACUCUGGAAGACUUAUCAAGAAUGUCCCCUUACAAAGUCAGAGUUCUACAGAGAAAACGGUCUGUCAUUUGUACUGUGCCAAAUGGGCUGGUACAGAUUUUAUUGCGUGUGGUGGAAGCGAUAAUAAUGCAUUGCGAGUUAUUGAAAAAUCCUCCAUUCAAACGGUUGGAACAUUAGAGGGACUGAGCCGAGGAUGUUAUACUCUGGAUUACAUAGAAGUUAAUAAUGUUCCCUACAUUACCUGUGCAAGUGGAUCCAACAUUUAUUUCAUGUCACUAAAUGUUUAAUUUUUUUGGUUUGCUGGGUAAAAUGUUGAUAAUCUAACAGCAAAAAUGUUAUUUUGUUCAUUUCUUUUUCGUUUAACACUGCCAACAAUAAGUAUAAACUACUAUUAUUAAAGACAGUAUCUUUGGAUUACAGCUAAGCUUCGAACUCUUGAACUCUGGAUCAAAAUUCUUUCGUGUACUCAGUCCUAAAUCAAAUGCCGAAUAUAAUUAAUGCCAUGCUUAAAAGUCCAGAGUUCGGUGGUUCAAUGAAUGUUUCAAUGCAUUGUAUAAAUUCAAUGUAUUGACUCUCAGAAUGAUUUUACUUUAUCCAACUAGAUACAGAUUUGGUUACAAAGCAGGUUAGGGAUUAAAUAUCACGUUUAGGCUUUGGCAGUGUUGUAUAUUAUAUUAAUAAAUUUGCACAACUAUGUAUUCUUAAAGUUUUGACGUAUGAAAAUGUUAGCAGGUUAUACAUUUGGUUCAUUGGAAAUGUCACAUAUCGCCUUUACUUUGAUUUCUAUAUGAUAUACUUAAUUAAUAUAAUGUAAUGUGAUUAAUGGUACAAUAUAUUCGGUACUGAGAUUGCUAGCCAGGGUUUCUUCUGCAUGAAAUUCAUUUUUAUAAAUUUUAAUCGAUUUUGUCGUUAAAUCUAAUUCUUGAAUCUUAACAACAAUGAACAAUGAUCAUUUGUACGGUUUGGGUGUUUUAUGCAUGUGACAUCGAUUCAAACGAAUUUUCUAGAUGAAAUUAUUGUGAUGUUCUAAAUUUUAUCAUCCAGCUUAGCUGGCGUGAACUGGAUUUUUACAAAUAGCAACUAGUUACCAAGUUAAUCAUUUUCCCUGAUCCAAUAACGUUAGAUGUUUUGUUGUUGACCUGUACUUGAUGUGUCAAAACAGUUCAAAUAAUCAUAUGUAUCAAGACUGCAACAUUCAGAUUGUAGAGUUAUUCAAUGUACCAUGUUGAACAAUACUGGAAUUAUAC